CCCCCACUAAAUAAUUUCUGAUCAAUUUAAGAAAGACUGAAUUUAGCUCCCGCCCCUCUUGAUGCAGGAUAGCAGUGCAGCAGUGAAAGAUGAAGAGAGCUGUGUCCACCAGGCCUUGAUGAAGUACCUGGACGCCUGGUCUAUGAGUCCUGAAAGCUGGGAGUUUAACCUGCACGUGGGGAGGCUGCUGCUGCUGCAGGGGACGAGCAGGGAGGCCCUACAGCACCUGCAAAGUGGCCUAGCAAUGCGGCCCCUUCAUCCCGCACUCAGAUUCUUCACAGGGUUGGCUCUGCUGCAGCAGGAACAGAAAGCCUCUGAGGACACCGAGAAGGAGGCCGCUGUGUUCUUACAACAGGGACUGGAACACUUUGUCAGCCAGCGAUGCAGCAAGAGCUGGGUGGAGCCGGAUCCUUCAGACCCUCUAUCUAGCCUCAGCACACAGUUCCUGCGAGGUCUUCUCAUUUUGGGUCAUCUGCAGCAGAGAAGAGUGUUGUCUGACAAGGCCAUGAGUGCAGAACAAGUCUAUCACAUUGUAGCAGUCCUCGCUGCCCAGAGUGUGAGUCAGUGUGUGUGUCGUGGCGAGGCUAGCUGGCAGCUGGAGUGGGUGCUCCUGGAUGCUCACUUUGCCCUACUGCAAAGGCUGAUCCAGCAGGGCGAGGGCCAGGCCAGAGCUGACAUCCGGAGGCAAUCCCAGGUGGCAAAGAGAAGCCAGGCCCUCACUGCUCUCAUACGUCUCACCUCUAUCGCCCCCUGUCAGGAGCUGCUGGACAUGCAGGAGAGGGCAUGCCAGCUAUCAGUAGUGACAACACCGCGGGACAUCCACGCCCUGUGUCUUUUGGGUCUGGCACAGCUGGCUCAAUAUGACAACAAUCCAAAGUCAGACUGGUCCAAAGAAACGCUGACUGAUGCCUGCCUCAGCUUCCAGGCCAGCAUAGAGCUGGAAGAGAAGACUCAGAGCGGAGAGCCACCUGCACAGCUGAGCAAACAAAAGUGGUGGCAGGACCGCCUGGAAGCUGAAAACCAGAAAGCUGCCAAGCAAUCAAUCACUCAACCAGCAGGAGUUAAGGGACCUUCUGACCCCAGGGGGGCAAACAGUGGUGCAAAGCGGGGCAGAGGAGGGCCGGGUCCAGGGCGGUUUGCAGCAGCUGGUACCAAAGCUCCUGUUCCAACACCACCUGCCCUGACCAGAGGAGGGAAAGCUGCCCGGCGUCCAGCUAAAGCCCCUGUAGCAAGGGGGAGAGCUGGAGCAGUAGCCAAGCCUGAUAGAUCACCUAAACCAUCCACCAACUGUAUUAAACCCCAUAUCCCCUCCAGAAAAUCUAAACAGGACUGUUCCUCAAGUGCUGUGGAGAGAGCAGAGGAGCCUGCUGUGGCACAUACAGAGUGCGGGUCUGGUGCAGUGAACCGCAGGUCUCAUAUCUCAAGGUUGGGUCUGGCCCGCGCCCUCUUCCGCUCUGCAGACAACCAGGAUCGACCAUUACAGCUCUACCACGAGGUCAUCUCCAUGGCACCAGGGGUCCACGAUGCUUACAUUGAGCUCGUUCAGCUGCUGGAGCCAUCAGACCCUCAGGCUGCAGUGGAGGUGUACUGCAGAUUCCCUCUGAAGCCGGUGGCUGAGCAAAGCUUCGAUGAUGCUUUCAUCACAGGAGAGAUCGCCCGCAUGCUGAUGUCACUGGAACAGUUUGAGCAUCCGCAGCUCGGACCAAGCCUCGUAGCAUACGGCAAAGUCAUGGGCCUAAGCUGCAUAGAAAAGUACAUUGAAAUCUUGGAUGAAAAGGGCAACACAAAGCUUCUGAAGAGUGUGUACGCAAAGAUCCACGACCGCCAAGACGAUGAUCAGGAGCUGCAGGACUUCUUCAGGUUCAAAUGCUGGAUAUGAAAAAGCUAGUCAUCAUCUGACCAAUGUCUACAUUUAUCUUACUUAAUCCAAGAGUAAGUCAGAGUUUCAUACUGUUUGACAAAAAAACACAUCUUUGGACUUUAAGAGGGGACAC